AUGAUUUAUAUUGGAGUCUCCGCUGGAUCGCAGUGAUCAGCCGACGAGAAGUGCCUUGCUAAGUCGAUAUCCUCUAUCUCCUCCACAGAUCCAUACACACAGGCCACUAGAGAGAGAAAGCAAAUAUACGUAGUAUUUGUAGGGAGAGAGUGGAAUACUGUGAAUCAUUGAGAAGAUGGUGAGUGAAACAGAGGAAGCACAGGUGAACAGGCUCGAGAACCAGGUGGACAAUGGAGGAGGAGGGGCUUGGGAGUACCUGUCCCUCGUUCGGAAGCUCAAGCUUCGACGCUCUGACAAGGUUUUGAAGCAUGGUUUGUCGAUCUUGAACGACCCCAAGAAGCGAUCUAGUCUCGGCCCUGACGAAUGGACUCUAUAUGAGCAGGUCGCAGUUGCAGCGAUGGACUGCCAAUGCCUUGAUGUUGCAAAGGACUGCACAAAGGUUUUACAAAAGAGAUUUCCUGAGAGCAAAAGAGUUGGCAGACUAGAAGCCAUGUUGCUUGAAGCAAAGGGAUCGUGGGAAGAGGCAGAAAAAGCUUACUCAAGCCUUCUAGAGGAUAAUCAAUUUGAUCAAGUAAUACAUAAAAGGAGAGCUGCUAUGGCAAAGGCACAAGGCAAUAUUUCUGAGGCCAUUGAUAGGCUAAAUAAAUAUCUUGAAACAUUUAUGGCAGAUCAUGAUGCCUGGAGAGAACUUGCUGAAAUAUACGUCUCCUUGCAAAUGUAUAAGCAAGCGGCUUUUUGCUAUGAGGAGCUAAUCUUAUCUCAACCAAUGAAUCCUCUGUUUCACCUAGCCUAUGCUGAUGUGCUUUACACACUUGGUGGACUAGAAAACCUUCAGAUAGCUAAGAAAUAUUAUGCAUCUACCAUAGGCUUGACUGGUGGCAAGAACACCAGAGCACUUUUUGGCGUUUGCUUGUGUACGUCGGCCAUUGGGCAGCUGACAAAAGGGCGGAAUAAGGAGGACAAAGAGAGCUCGGAGUUGCAAUCUCUGGCAGCAACAGCCUUGGAGAAAGACUACAAGCAGAGAGCAGCCACCAAGCUCUCUCUUCUUAGUUCCACCUUAAAGAGCUUGAAACUUUAAUCGCAACUGCUUUAUUGUUGACUGAAUUUAAAAUUAUUUCCUUCGUAUCCCUAAAUAGGAAAAGUAAUUUAGUCAUAUGUUCACUUCAACUUCCUUGUUUUUUCUUGAGCUCUUAAUAGGUGGAUGUGACAAAUUCUUCUUUGAAUGAUGAAUUAUGAUGGUCAUGUACUUGAAAUUUUUUCCUCUUAACAGAAUUCCAGAUAAACCUUAUUUGA